UACCUUGAAAGACGUCACAAUUUCUAGGGAACUUCCUGGUACUAUAUUUAGAACAAGACCGUACUUGUAAUUGGGUUUGUGGCACUUCAAUCGAAAACAUCGCCAAAAAGCAUAUCUUUAAGCAGGGUGGCCUCAAGGAAUACAGAUCAUGUCUGCUCACAAUAGUUGAUUCUCAUCUACUUUGGAUUGACAGCGCCUUCAUAUGUGGACAUUUUGAGAAGAGAGAAGAAAUAAAUGUUGAGUCAUCAAUGGAAACAGAUGUUGAUGACAUUUUUAGGGUAUGAUAAAAAAAGAAUGUGACAUUCUGUUUUUCUCAUGAGAUAAUAAAUUAGGAAAAUGGACUAUCAGCUAAAAUUCCCAGAGAACACAAAUGUGCGUCAGCUCCCAGGAACUAUUAUGAAUAGGCUGCGGGAUACAUUGGACAGCCUUUCAACCAGCAACUGCAGCUACUGGAGGCUUUUUGCUGCCAGUUUAUGCGGAGACUUCAGUUUCACGGCUAUGGAGGUGGAGAAAAUGGCCCAGUGUAUAUACAGCAAUGGCAGCCCUGCACAGCAGUUGCUACUGCAGGUUGGAGCACGUGGGAUGACUGUACGUCACCUGGUAGAGCUUUUAGACAAGCUAAGGCUAGACACCAUCCUUAUUGACCUUGUAGAAUACCAACAUGUGAGAAUACUGACACAGCCAAAAGAAGCAGUCACUGUCUAUGAGGGAGAUCAGAUUGUGUUGUCAGUUGAGGCUAAUGGAAUUCCAUAUCCUCGCUUUCUCUGGUAUCGCUCAGAAACACCCAUCACUGGGGCCACAGAUUCAAUGUUGAUAAUCAAUAAUGCCAGAUCUGAUCAAAGUGGAGUAUAUACUUGCCUUGUCUACAAUAAUUCAGAAAAAGGCGAGUUUACAAAUUAUUCAACUGUCUCCGUCCUUCCAAAACCCCAAAAGGAAACCAAAGAACCUUUUACAGAGAAUGGUCUACCUUACCCUGUUCCUGGAAAAACAGGUGAAAUGGAACCAGUAUAUACGCUGCCAGUCAUUAUUCGAGAGCCUGACCCUACAAGCACACCUCUUGGCAGUACCUUCUGCUUAAUUUGUGAUGCACGGGGCCACCUUCCUCUGACAUACACGUGGUUGUUAAAUACUCGGCCAGUGUACCAGUGUCAAACAGGGUAUUACAAGGUGGAUCAGGCUGACAGUUCCCAUGAUGGCAUUUACCAGUGUGAAGUAAACAACCAGUUUGGUAUGGUCAGAAGUCGAGCAGUUCCUGUGUGUGUGACAGCACCAGUCUGGCCGAUGUUUGAUCCCAUGCCAUUGGUGCCGGAAAUUACAGAGCAUCCAAAGUCUUGUCAUGUUCAGCUUGGAGGUCAUGCCAUCUUCCGCUGCAGUGCUCAGGGUUCUGGUCAUUUGCGGUUCCAGUGGUUCAAAGACUGUGACUCCAUUCAAGGUGCAAAUGACUGUGAAUUCAAGGUGUAUAAUGUAAACAACAGAGCUGCAGAAGGUGUGUACAUGUGUCUCAUUUCAAACGAUCAUGGGCAGCGCAUAACCAAGGGGGCUGUACUGCAGGUGCGGGACAUACCCUCCUUCAGACAUUUUUUUGCCACAGACAAACUAGCAUUGCUGAUUGGCAAUUAUGACUACAGGAGUCAACAGCCAUUGCGAGCUCCUCAGACAGAUAUCCAGAACCUGUCCAACAUCUUUCAGGAAGUUCUUGGCUUUAAGGUUGUGUCUCUGCUGAACCUGACACUUGUCGAGAUGCUGUCAGCUGUAGAAGAAUUCUGUGAGCUUAUUGACUCUGGAGUCUACUGUGUGUUCUACUUCUGCGGGCAUGGCUUUGAGGAGAACAACCAAUGCUACAUUCUCCCCAAUGAUGUUCCAGUUGACUACAAGACAGAAGAGUGUCUCUCUGCUGAUCUUGUCCUUGGCAAAAUGCAGCAGAAGCGACCUAAAGUUUGCUGCAUGAUCCUCGAUAUUUGUCGCAAACCGUCAGAAAAUCCAAGUCAGGGUCCAAACGCACCACUCAUGAAGCGUUCACCAGUAGAAGAUGGAAACACCAUUGUCUGCUAUGCCACGAGUUGUGGUUUGGCUGCAUAUGAAUCUCGCCCUGAGAGCAAGGGUAUUCUUGUCACUCAUCUUGAGAAACUUCUAAGAGAGCCAAUCAGCAUUGAGGAAAUUUUCCGCAAAGUCAGAGAAGCUGUGGGAAAUGAUAUAAGGGUAAAUAGAAAUCAUCGAACACGCCAAAUCCCUGAGGUUCGAUCUAACCUGAUUGAGGUGGACCGAUCAUUCCAUGACACAGUGCAAACAAGUGGUCAUACAAGAGCUUGCAAUGCCCGUCAGCUGGCAUGGGAAAAUGCUCAUCUCAAACCUCCUGUUCAGAUGGUUCAGUUAAGUCCUCAGCAGCUUGGUGUAAAUGUUAUGCUGUCCUUCCAGCACGAAUUCUCCAAUGUACUUAGUGUCUUUGUCAAGGUCACUGAACGUGGUGAUCUACCAUACUGUGUAGCAUGGAUUCACAAACUACCAAGUUCUGUGUCAAUGAUGAAAAAACCAACAUGUGUGAGUGAUGGUGGAACAGAUGUGUCUGUAACAAAGAAUGUCAUCAUUGACAUUCAGAAACUAAAGGACAACCUGCGUGUGGGGCUGGCAAUGCGGUAUCGUCUGCCAGGGAGUGGCCCUCAUGAUUACAUCAUUAGCAAAGAGGAUACAGAGGUUGAUUUGCAACUCCCAUUGGUGGCUGGUCUUCAGUUAUGGCGACCUCGCCCCCAGGUUUCUGGACAUAGACAUGCAGUUGAACAAACAGAGGAGGAAACCCACUAGUGCAGGAUCUGUUGUUCAUCCUUUUGAGUGGAAUCGUGUACUGUAUCAAUCACACUGUUAUUAUUAUUCAUUAGCAGAAGAGGAGGACACCGGCUGAAAGUGGCCAUUGGACAAUGAUGACUAUUAAGCAUUUAAGGGGGUGGGGGUUAAAAUGAAACCUUGCUACACUUUUGAGAGAUCACAAUGAUUAAGAUGUUUGAAAGCAUCCCAGUUUUUUUCAUAGCUCUUGCAAUCUGUGUAGAUUUAGGUGAUGGAUCUUUACAGUUUUCAGGAUGGCAGCAUAUAUUCUCACAAUUUUUGGGUGGGUGGGGAGCAAGCAGUAAGUAAUCAAGUGUGAUGGACAGGUGGUAAAAUGUCUUGUGCACCACAGAUUUGAAGUGGUAACCAAGUCUUUGGAUGAAAUACACCAACAUGUUUACUACAAAGUAUAAUCUGCACAAGUGCCUCGUAGUAUUGAUCAUGCUUGACAGAUGGGAAAUGACUCGAUGAUACUGAGAGGAGUAUCAGGCAGUCAAGAACAAGCUUAGGACACCAGGAACUCCUACUUGCAACAGUCAAGUGACAUAAGCUGGUCUGGUCUGCAUGAUACCUUAUCAAAAGGUUGUCCUUCAAGGUACCUUGGAGGGUGGUGAAAGCUGUGGUAGCCAGAGGAAAAACAGGCUCACAAACGUGAAGGAGUGAACUGGUCGUCUCAUCAGCUAUGUGCCGCCUCCACUGACCAGUACCAGUCAAUGAACAAAUAAUAUAUUGCCUCAGUCAGUUGAUUUUAGUUGUCUCUGAAGGAGCUGUGAUCUUCCUCAGAUUAGUGAACACAUACUAGCAAAUUCUAGUAAUGAUCAGUUAUUGUGCAUUAAAAGGACUCGAGGCAGGGAAGCAGGUGGAAGAUGCUACCUCAAGCUGCUGUCACCUCCCCUGAAAGUGUUGAUUCACUUCAUAGACAUCAGUGAUUUGUUUCUAUUUAGCUUUUCUUAAAUAUAUGUACAGAUGUAAAUAUAUGCAGAUGCUGCCAUAAACUUGGCAUUGCUUAGGAUGUUUGUUAGUGGUAGAUAGGUCUGGGGUUCUGACCUUAUCUAGAGCUACAACUGGUUUAGAGGACAUGUAAAGUGUCUGCCAUCUGAUCUUUCUCUCCACACCUGUUCCUAGCACUCUGCUGUGUCUGUCCUCUGUGGAUGUACUUUCAGUCUGCUCUGCACAGGUAAUUGAGUGGCUCUUCAUGUGGAUUGCAUUCAUAGUUCAUGUUGAAGUUUGAGCUAUGUUAAUUUGUAUAAGCCAGUUUUAAAGUUGUCUUUGAGCACUCUUUAAAAGUACAGAUUCAGUCAAAGAUAAAAUUUUGAUCCAUAAUAAUUUUUAAUUAUCAAAGAUCACAGCGUUACAAUUAAUGUUGAAUAGCAGAAAUUCUUCCAAAAGUGUUUGCAGAUAAAUACAGCCUUUUUUUUUUAUAUAAAAAAGUUAAAAGUCAACUCGUUCUUGUAUCUACUACACAUGCUGAAAAAAUAAACAUCAAAGGACACUUUUUGUUACAAACACCCUAGGAAUUCGAUUACAUUAUCAGUUAAUUUAAUACAAAUAUACCUAGAUGCCUUUAUGCAUGCUUUAAAAAAAAUUUUACAUGCAUUCUUCUGAAAAACAUCUCUUACAUAAAUCAUGAGGUGACUGCAGACCCCUUUCAGAUUUCUGAGACUUUGGCAACAAUAUUGGUGUUAAAACAGAAUUUAGUAAUUCAUAAUUACAUGCAGUCAUGGAUGUUAUUUACCAUCAUAUAGAUAUCCCUUGAAAUCCAGUGUUGCACAUCAUGAAUAUCACUGCAUUGUAGAAAAUUAAAAUUUUUGCCAAUUCCUGUGGUAGCUUUGAUGAUACAAUUUGGAAUGGCCAUUUUAAAAAUUAAAACAAAAACUGUAAAUUUUGUAAAAUAACCCAAUACACACUGAUAAAAAACAAACAAAAAACCUAGCUAAAUACAGGAAUUCUUAUGACAGUAACACAAUUCAGUUCAAAAUAUGCAUCUUAAAAUAACUUCUUGCGAUUUCAGCUGUUACCUUUAAAUAGUUACUACACAGCUCACAAAAUCUACUAAACUCUUUGCAGUAGAAUAUUUAUACAAUACAACUUCCCCAUUCUCACUAAAAACACUGAAAUCUGGUUUACUGAGAGGGGUCUUACUAGGGAAAUAGGUCUGUUUUUCAUUCCACAAACCAUGACAACACUUAUCAAUUCAUGUUCAUUAAUUUAAAUGUUGAAAAUAAAGCUGUUAAAAGCCA